CCCGUCUGCGUAGAUAACUCUCCAGUUUUGCAGACAGCAUACGUUCAUGCAGACAAGACAACAGACUCCGGUUGCAUCCAUAGUCAUCGGGAAAUCUCAGUUUUGCUGCAUCACUGCCAGGAACAAGUUAAGCAAGAAAAGCAGGAUUCAGAAAGGAUAAGGAAGAGUGCAGUGCGAAGAGGAAAGGAGCGGAGAAGGGUUAGUCUUCACGUUCUGCUCAGUGUGUAUGUGUUGAGGUGCAUGAAGCUGUAGACCACUGCACUGAUGGAGAAGAGGGAGAAGAAGCCUGGCUACUUUUCCAGGCUGAAGAGGCGGAGACAGCUCAAGCAGAGCCAAUCAGGGAAGGCAGUGGCUGAGCAGAACCGGUUGGAUUUGUCCGCAAAGAUGCCCGUCAUCUCCUGCCCAGACCCUGCUUUUUCUGAACCUCUGGAGAGGAUUAAACCUAACCUGCCUGGAGGCUCAGAUGGCAACAGGAGCAGCCAGGCCAAGAGAGAGAAGAGGCCCCCCGGGACAGUGGAGUAUACCGUGGGACUCCAGGAAUCUCUAAGCAGCAUUGCUCUGAAGUUUAACAUCACCCCGAACAAACUGGUGCAGCUCAACCGUCUCUUCUGCCGUAGUAUCUAUCCUGGACAGAAGCUGUUUGUUCCUGACGUGGGCCAAUCGGGUGCCGACUCUCAGUCUGUGGGUUCUUCUGACCCCGCCUUCCCCAGCGGCCUAUCAGAGAAGGUGUUACAGGAUGGAGACUCCAGCGGCAGGUCAGUAAGACCAUUAGGACGGGUGCUGUCGCCACCGUCCGAGGACGAGAGCCUCGCCACGGUCAAGUUCAUUAAGAUGAGCUGCAACUACUUUACUGACGGGAUGGGUGUGGUGGGAGGGGUGAUGAUCGUGACGCCCAACAACAUCAUGUUUGACCCUCACAAGUCGGAUCCCCUGGUGAUUGAGCACGGCUGUGAGGAGUACGGCCUGCUCUGCCCCAUGGAGGAGGUGGUGUCUGUGGCCCUCUACGACGACAUCUCCCACAUGAAGCUCAAGGACGCGUUGCCGUUAGACCCACCCCAGGAUCUGUGUCCUCUGUACAGGCCCGGGGAGUGGGAGGAGCUGCCCUCAGAGCGCGACCUUCACCCCUUUAGCCGCUACGAGGCGCUGGACCCCAAACGACCCAUCGUCCUGGACGACAUCAACUCUGCCCUGUCAGAGACUGUCAUAGCGAGAGCAGAGUGUGAUCCAGCGGACAAGUCUCCAUCAGAUGAGUGUUUCACAGAGCUGGAGCUUCCAUUGAAAUGGAGCGCAGAGGAACCGAAGAGCGGAUCCAGACCACCUGCCAGUGCUACAAGCUCGAACCAGCAAGGAGAGCCUCCUGGAUCUAAUACCCCUAAACGGGCAAAGUCCCAGGACCAUUCCCCCUCUGACUCAGUCCCACUGACCUCGCAGAGAGGGGAGGAGGAGGAUGAAGGACUGGUACAGAACAGAUCCAUUGAGGACAUGACAGAAUCACUGCCCGUCUCAUCAGAGACUGAGAAAGAUGGUGAACUCUUGAAGGAGAAGCCUGCUAGCCUAGCCACAGGCCAAGGCCAAGACGACAACUCUACAGGGCAACUAGUGAACGGAGUUAGCAUUAGAGAACAAUCAGAAUCCGCAAUGGACCAAAACAGGAAGCUGAGCUUCAGUGAGACCGCUGAGGCCCUGGGAAAAUGUAUUUCUUGGGAACCCAGCCCUGCAGGCGAGCUGCAGAACGGACCAAUGAUAGAGGGGCUGAGUGAAGAAGAGAAGCGGAAGAGGAGCAACAAAGCGGAGGUGAAGUCCUGGCUGCUGGAGCGGAUGCAGGCGCCCAUCCAAAACAUGCUUCUGUCCACGGAGAGGAAGAGUAAGACCCCUCCCAUGUUCCUUUGCCUCAAGGUGGGCAAGCCCAUGAGGAAGUCCUUCGUCUUUAGCCGGUCAUCCAGCCCCGCUCACACGAGAGGAAAGCAGCCGGAAUACUGGUUUGCUGUGCCCCAGGAGAGGGUGGACCACCUAUAUGCGUUUUUUGUCCAAUGGUCUCCUGACGUGUACGGUAAGGUGGCCAGGGAGCAGGGCUUCGUGGUCGUGGAGAAGGACGAGCUCAACAUGAUCGAUAACUUCUUUAGUGACCCCGUGACCCCUCACAGCUGGGAGAUCAUCACCAUCAACGAGGCGACGCGCAGGCAGACUUUUGGCAGUUACGAAGGGGAGGAGCCUUUGGGGGAUCUACUGCCCAUGCUCAGUGACCCUAGCACUCUGUUACAGGACACACACAUAGAGAAGCUUGCGUGUCGGCUGCCGGCGCGGGUGCAGGGGUAUCCAUGGAGACUGGCUUACAGUACGGCAGAACACGGGACCAGCUUAAAGACACUGUACAGGAGCCUAUUGGAUGUGGACAGCCCUGUGCUACUGGUCAUCAAAGACAUGGACAACCAGUUGUUUGGGGGAUACUCUACCCAUCCUUUCAGAGUAAGUGAGCAUUGCUAUGGCACGGGAGAGACCUUCCUCUUCAGCUUCUGCCCUGAGAUCAAGAUGUACCGCUGGACUGGGGAGAACUCCUACUUUGUUAAAGGCAACAUAGAUUCUCUUCAAAUGGGAGGAGGAGGAGGUCAGAUAGGGCUGUGGGUGGACGCUGACCUGUACCACGGCACCACCUCCAGCUGUGCCACCUUCCACAACCAGCCCCUCGCCACCCAGAAGGACUUCACCAUCCACAGUGUGGAGGUCUGGGCCUUCGAGUAGCCUCCCUCCACCUCCAGUCUCCGGCAAACCCCACCCACACUUGUGGGAACCUAGACCGAGCUUCGACGCCCACCCCUUUAUCAGAAUGCGGAGCUGACGAUUUCAGAUGGUGUAUGUCAUGGUUUAUGCCAGCCGGUUUGAUGUGGUUGGAACCUGGUUUGUCCUGAGUGUGGUGGAGGUGUGAAAAGCUGUGGCUGGUGUAUUUCCCUUUCUCUCUAUUUGCUGCCUUAAGGUUCUCGCAUGCUUCCUAGUCGAAAUGUGGCACGCUGGUUUACUCAUUUAUUAUGACAAGAUUUUGUGAUGUUUUUGUUAGUUUUGGUGUUUGGCAGGUUUUUUUCCAGCUGUUCACACACAUUUGAGAGAAGUUUUGAGAGAAGUUUAAGUUCACUAGCCGAAGUCUACUCGCCUUUGUCAGUGAUUGGUCAAAAGUAGGGAUUCUUCAAUGAAGUGUUUGUCAUUCAACGAGAGACGACAACUUUUCAUGCACAUUUAUUCACUUAAAAUACUGCACCAAACAUCUUAGCUAGCUGUAAAAUUGCGUGACGAAGACCUCGGCAAAAACUAAAAAUAACUACACAUUUGUUAAUUUCUCUGAUUUAUUCAAACUAUUUUGAGGAAGUGUAUAUUGACUAUGUUGCUAGGGCAUCUCAAGAGGGACAAAACAUAAUAUUGCCGCUUUAGUUCUUCGUUUUCAAGCAGUCAUUUAAGGGAGUAUGUGAGGCACAGAUGUUCGUCUAGCUGAGUUCUGCUAGGAGCAAACCGAAUCAAGCACCUUUUUAUGCCUGCCUGCAGAACUCAACUUCUACCCACUCGGAGGGGGAGAAGUAGAGCGACUCAAGUUCCUGGAGGAUGAGAGGCGAUUCUGAUGCAAUUGUCCUUGCGAAUGAAAUCCGUCAUAGGUGACUGUAAACAACAAUACGAAAACAAUUCAUUGUGAGAUUUUUGUAAUUAGGGAAGUGUCUAAUAGUGGGCAUCUGGUGAAGUGAAUAAACAACCAUCAAUUCUCGCCAAUCAGAUUGCUCCUUUUUGUUAUCAACCAGAAUAAUCUGAUUUCCCUGAGAUAUUAGGAACUGAUGUGAAAAGAGAAAGCAGGUGAAAGGGAAGAAGUUUUAGGUAGUGCUUUUGAGACUCAUUUCUCUAACACACACAUUCGCCCCAAACCCACUUUAAAUAUAGGAGUAAUUGUUUACAAAGAGAAGAGGUUUGCAUUCACUGAAGGUUGUAUUGUUAUCAUGUCUCCAGUCCUAUAUAGACUGAAUGAGUGUUGCAUUUCAUGACCCUCUCUUUCCAAAACAACUGCCCACUAAGGGAACAUACAGUGCAUUCGGAAAGUAUUCAGUCCCCUUCUCUUUUUCCACAUUUUGUUAUGUUAGAGCCUUGUUCUAAAAUGGAUUCAACUUUUUUUUUUAUUCCCCAUCAAUCUACACUCAAUACCCCAUAAUGACAAGGCAAAAACGGAUUUAGACAUAUUUGCAAAUGUGUAUAUAUUAAAAAAAAACUAUGGAACUAUGGCAUUUAUGUAAGUAUUCAGACCCUUUACUCAGUACUGUGUUGAAACACAGGGUCGCUACAUAGCUAUUUUCAGGUCUCUCCAGAGAUGUUGAAGUCCAGGCUCGUUCUGUUGGAAGGUGAACCCCAGUCUGAGGUUCUGAGCACUAUGGAGCAGGUUUUCAACAAGGUUCUCUCAGUACUUUGCAUUCAGGCCAAAGAGUUCAGUCUUAGUUUCACCAGACCAGAGAAUCUUGUUUCUCAUGGUCUGAGAAUCCUUUGGGUGCCUUUUGGCAAAUUUCAAGCGGGAUGUCAUGUGCUUCCGUCUGGCCACUCUACCAUAAAGGCCUGAUUGUGCUGCAGAGAUGGUUGUUUCUGGAAGGUUCUCCCAUCUCCACAGAGGAACUCCAGAGCUCUGUUAGUGACCAUCACCUCCCUGACCAAGGCCCUUCAGUUUCGCUGGGCAGCCAGCUCUAGGAAGAGUAUUGGUGGUUCCAAUUUUCUUCUAUUUAAGAAUGAUGGAGGCUAUUGUGUUCAUGGGGACCUUCAAUGCUGCAGAAAUGUUUUGUUACCUUUCCUCAGAUUUGUGCCUCAACACAAUCCUGUCUCGGAGCGCUACGGACAAUUCCUUCAACCUCAUGGCUUUGUUUUUGCUCUGACAUGCACGGUUAUCUGUAGGACCUUAUAUAGACAGGUGUGUGUCUGAAUGAGUAAGGUAUUUCAGUUGUUUUUAUUGUAAUACAUUUGCAAACAUUUUUGAAUCUGUUUUCGCUUUGUUAUUAUGGUGUGUGUGUGUGGAUGAGGAAAAACAUUAAUUGAAUCAAUUUUAGAGUAAGGCUGUAAUGUAACUACAUGUGGAAAAAGGAAGGGUCUGAAUACUUUCAGAAUGUACUGUAAUGAGGGAGUUUUUGUCAUGAACAAAUGUUUUAUUAUACUUUUAUCUGUUUUGUUUGUUUCAUCAUAUAGAAUUGUAUGUUUUUUUGUUUUGCGUUUCAAUUUUCUGUUUUGUUUUAAAGGAAGUCCCAUCAUCGGCCACAAGGUUGAUAAAUCCCAAGCAGGAAAUAGAUUGAAGGUUCUCAAGGCAGUAUUAGUCUGUCAUAUCUCUGACCAACUGUACCUUCUCUUUGUUUUGUAUGCGUUUCGGUAAGUAGGGUGAUUUGCUACAGAGUGUGAGGGUUUAGUCCAUUGAGACAAGGGAAGUAGGGAGGGAUGUCAUUUUGCACUGCAGGCUUGUGGGACAGUUCAAUAACUCGAGGUGAUUGGUCUUGUCUGUGGAAUUAACAUCAAUCACUUUCUACCACUACGACAGGGAAGGAUGGGUCACCACUGGUAUUUUAUUUGGGAAAGAAAGGGAUGUACCUUUUUUCUCAACACGUUCUGUUGAUCUCGUGCAACUUAGGGUUCCUUUUUUAUUUUCCAAACCAAUGUCGAUAAAGUGAGUUGAUUUCUGUCUCUAGUUACUGUAAGAUGACUAGGCCUACUGCAUGAUAUGACUACUGUUGAACCUGUUCCUGCGUUCCCACUAUCCACAAUCCUUACAGGUAUGGCUUUGUUUUAUGUAUUUUUGUCAUAUAGAUGUUGCGAGUUCUUCUCAUUGUGAAUGUUUCCAGUGUUUUUUAUUUUCUGUGAAUCCAAAAAUCAUAGUAUCAUAUGUGAAUACUACCAAGGAUGUAUUUAUUCUAUUGUUGCCACGUUUAAAACUAAAUAAACAAAUAAUAGCGUUA